CUAACACAGCAACAGCCCCUUAUGGUAGGAGAUUCUGUUUCCACCCUGUUUCACUUUCACUCACAUUCCUCUCUCAAUUUCUUUUUCUACAUAUAUUCUCCUUUUUUAUUGAUUCUUAUAGCCUUUUCAAUUUAUCAGCAUCUCAAUUCCUUUGUCAAAAUCCCUCUUCUUCUUCUUUUUUUUUUUUUUUUGUUCAAGAUACCAUUUUUGCUACAAUAAGUUCCAAGAUUCUGCUUACCCAUCAGCCAAAUUCAUCAGCUUUUCAAUAAAAAUCUUUCUUUUAGUGAAAAGAUUGAAACUUUUUCUUGUGAGAAUAUUGGGUAUUUCAGCUUUUGUGUUCCCCUGUUUAUCUUCUGGAGAAACAUGUUGAAACUUGGUGUUUUAGUAGUAUUAUGUUUUGUGGGGUAUUUGGGUGAUCAUAAUAUAUGUGUUGAAGGCUUAGGAGUAAACUGGGGAACUAUAGCAACACAUUCAUUGGAGCCUAAAAUAGUGGUGCAAAUGUUAAAGGACAACGGUAUUAAGAAAGUGAAGCUCUUUGAUGCAGAUAAAUCCAUCAUGAAUGCACUUAGAGGUACUUGGAGCGGAGCUAUAAGUACGGAUAUUGAAGUUAUGGUUGCAAUUCCUAAUGAUCUGCUUCUUACUAUGACUGAUUAUGAUCGAGCUAAAGAUUGGGUCAGACACAAUAUCAGUCGUUACAAUUUCAAAAAUGGUGUCAACAUCAAAUAUGUGGCUGUAGGUAAUGAGCCUUUCUUAACAGCCUACAACAACUCCUUUCUGAACUCAACUUUCCCAGCACUGCAAAACAUUCAAAAUGCACUAAACCAAGCUGGAGUCGGAGACUCCAUAAAAGCAACCGUACCACUAAACGCCGAUGUCUAUUUUUCACCAGAAUCUAAUCCUGUGCCUUCUGCUGGUAGAUUCCGGCCCGACAUUGCUGAACUAAUGACACAGAUUGUUCAAUUUAUGAGCAAGAAUCAAGCACCUUUUACAGUAAACAUUUACCCCUUUCUAAGUCUUUAUGCCAAUGAACAUUUCCCAAUUGACUUUGCUUUCUUUGAUGGUGGUAACACCCCUGUUAACGAUAACGGGGUCGAGUACACGAACGUAUUUGAUGCCAAUUUUGACACCCUGUAUUCGGCCUUAAAAGCAGUUGGUUAUGGGAACAUGCCCAUUCUAGUUGGAGAAGUUGGUUGGCCUACGGAUGGUGACAAGAACGCUAACUUAAACAACGCGUAUCGGUUCUACAGAGGACUAUUCAUGAAACUUGCAUCCAACAAAGGAACACCCCUUAGGCCUGGAUACAUUGAAGUUUACUUAUUUGGACUAAUUGAUGAGGAUGCUAAAAGUAGUGCUCCUGGUAAUUUCGAGCGACACUGGGGAAUAUUUCGAUACGAUGGACAACCAAAGUUUCCUAUGGACAUUUCAGGACAAGGGCAAGAAAGACAUCUUAUUGCUGCAAAAAAUGUGCAAUAUCUACCCAAAAGAUGGUGCAUGUUCAAUCCAAAUGCAAAAGAUUAUAAUAUGAGCAAACUUGCUGAUAACAUUGAUUAUGCUUGUACACACUCAGAUUGUACAGCAUUAGGAUAUGGUUCUUCUUGCAAUAAUUUGGAUGCUAAUGGAAAUGCAUCAUAUGCAUUUAAUAUGUAUUAUCAAGUUCAGAAUCAAUUGAAUGUGAGCUGUGAUUUUCAAGGACUUGCUAUGGUGACUGACAAGGAUUUAUCUCAAGGGACUUGUAAUUUUAUUAUUCAGACAGGUAUUUACUCUUUUUCUCACAAGGUUUUGCCAGGGAUUGUUGUAUUAUUAAGUGGUUUCACAUUUCUUUUAUUGUAGAUAUAUGUGUGUGUAGAUAAAUUUACAAAUGUGUUGUUUUUGAUAAAUAGAGAUUGUAUUCAAGACUAUGGGGUUUGUAUUCAAGACUAUGGGGUAUCUUACCCUUCAAUAAAAGUUCAUAGGAUUUGUGUUUUUUGUUCCAA